CAUAGAUAGUAUUACUGUAAAUUUUUACUGUGCACUUGUCCCUUAUCUAUAUUAAGCUGUCUUUUUCUUAACUUUUCUUUAUCUUGCAAACAAAUCAAACAUCUUUUUCCUGCAUUGCAUUUUAACCCUUAGAACCUCCAGUCUUUGUUAAAAGGCUGGAGCCUAAGAUCUUAUGGAAACAAGGAAUGUCAUCACGUCUGUCGUGUACUGUCAAAGGAUCAGCUGAACUACAUGUGACUUGGUUUUUGAAUGACAAACCACUUAGUUCCUCAGAAAAAAACAAAAUAACUUUCAAAGCUGGCCAAGCCACACUUGAGAUUAUUAACUUAUCUGAGUCUGACAGUGGAAAUUACACUUGUGAAGUGAUGAAUGAGGCUGGCUGUGAAAGCUGCACCUCCCAAGUAACUGUAAAAGGUAAUACUCAAGAUUCUUACGUUCUGAUUUAUUGCUCAUUACAUUGCGAUAGAAGAGUCAUCUUAAAUCUUAUUGCUCUUAUUGUUCUUAGAACCUCCUGCAUUUAAAAAGGAGUUGCAAAUGGUGGAGGUAGUCAAGGGCAGCACAGCCCAGCUUGAAUGUGAAGUUACAGGCACGGCUCCAUUUGAGGUGACCUGGUUUAAGAAUAAAAACCCAGUAUCCUCUGACAAGAAGUAUAGUAUUGUCUCAAAAGAAACAGUUGCAUAUUUGGAAAUCAAAUCAUUUGAAAGUGCAGAUGUUGGAGAUUACCAGUGUUCCAUUUCUAAUGACGUUGGCAAAAUAACUUCAAAAGCAGUGGCAAAAUUGAAAGACCCACCAUUGUUUGUAAAGAAAGUUGAGAAUACCACUGCAGUUUUAAGCAGUGCUGUGAAACUGCAGGGAGCUCUGAAGGGCUCUGCUCCUAUCACAGUUCAGUGGUUUAAAGAUUCUGAAAUAGUCAGAGAUGAUGAUCCUAAUAUUACCACGACUUUUGAAAACAACAUUGCUAUUUUGGCAAUAGCAAAUGUGGCCAUUAACCAUGGGGGGAAAUAUACUUGUCAAGCUGAAAAUGAGGCUGGAAAACAAAAAUGCGAGGCUACUGUAUCAGUUCAAGGUUAGAAUUAAACAUAUUAAGCAUAUCGCUAUAUUCAACAUUGUGUUUUGUUACACUUUUAGCAUUAUUAUUGAUUUAUUCAUUGAUUUAUUUCAUUUUUGUUAAAG